UCAAGCUCAAGAAGAGGACAAGCUACAGCGGUCAAAUAUCGGGUCCCGUGGUCGCAUGCUGGCGUUCAUCUCAAUCGCUUUCAUAGCAAUCUCCGCGCUGAUCGGUCAGCUCCUGCUCGCCGAAGGGGACACCAGCAUAGGCGAACGACUCUUGGAAUGGGUGUCGCUGUUUCAGUCGUCGCCAUGGGAGGACAUCGACUCUGACGCGCAGACAUUGCCAUUGGACCUGUCAGGUAGCACACCCUCUGCGCUACCACUCAACAGCACUCUGGGCUUCUCCAAGAUCUACGUACGACACGCGAGCCCAUAUGACAAUCGUCGCGACGAGUUGGCGAUGAUGUCGGCCGUCUCUAACCUCUCCGUGGCAUACAGCGAUAAGCCUCUGUGGAACGCAGGUACGAACGUCUCACUGGCCGGUUUGCCCUGGCACGAUUCAUUGCUGUCGAAAGAGGAGCUGGCCGAGUAUCGGAGCCAUGCUACAGUCUGGCGCCGAAUCCUCGAUGAGCAGACACCAAGCGCGCUCAUCCUGUCAGAUACUGUUGACUGGGACAUCAAUGUUCAUGCCCAGCUUCAGCGAUUGCAGACACCUUUGGCCACCCUCAUCAGCGCUUACGAGCAGCAGCAAAGUAGCAACGCGCACGGUGACCCGCGAAAGCCCUCCCGCCAGGAUCCGCUCCUCAGCAACGCCUGGGACAUCCUCUUCCUCGGAUGCGAAGAAGAGCUGCCGCUUCCGAUGGCAGUCGACUUGGCCCCAUUCGCACGCUACGAUGACGAAUCAGUGGCGCCCUCGAGCACGAGCAGCCCGACCUUCGUCGAGCUCUUGGCACACUACGGGAUGUCGCUGGAAUGGGCAAUGGCAAUACCGGGCGGAGCGUACGAAGUUGUCCCGGGAAGGCGGAGAGGCCCGCCAAGGCAGCGAUUGGUAGCCGUGGCUCAAUCACCUCGAUGCUCAACAGCCUAUGCCAUCUCGCGACGAGGGGCUGCUAAGCUGCUUCAUACCAUCAGCCGGGGUCUUGAGAAACCCGUGCACGACAUGGUCGCAGAUCUAACUCAAAGUCGGCAGCUCCGGGCCUUUGUGACGCUCCCGCCCCUCAUGGGAGAAUGGGUGCAGGAUACGAGUGAAGACAACGUGCGGCGUGAUCCGUCUUUGGGAAGAGCGGAUAACGUACGAGACAGCGUGCGCCAGCAUCUGAAGCGGCUGAUUUGGGAGAUGUAAGGCAGUGAGGGCGGCAGGACAGUCAGGGUGACCGCAUGCUUGGCCGUAAGCCACUCGUCAUGAGAGUAUUACUAUGCAUUCACAAGACUUUCCCGCGGUGAUCUGUCAUUCCAUUGUGGUCGCCGAAUUCGUCGUCGUCGUCGUCGUCGAUUGAAUUAGCAGGCG